AUCUAAUCUAUGUCCUAUAAACUCUUUGGAGGAGGAAAACAGAAUGUGUCGUAACCUUUAGAUCACAACCUUAAGUGUUAUUAUUCUAGACAUCUUAACAGGCAAUGGAACAUUUUGUUUACUUUAAAACCAUUGACUUUCAAAUAUUAUGCAGAUUCCUUAUACAAUUUCUCUUUAUGGAAUAGUGCAUCCUUAGUGCUUUUAGAAAUAUUUCUUUAAAAAGUCAAGUAAAAUACAGCAAAAUCAAUGGAGGGAUUUAAAAAAAAAAAAAGACUAGUGAUAAAAAUUUGUAGGGCUCAUUAUUUGCUUUUGAUUUUUGUGCACCAAAUGAGUGCUCAGCAUUUAUCCUUUGUCUACAUGUAACUGCGUGCCAGCUGGCACACCACCAUUGUGAUCGGUGCACUGUCAUCGCAAGGAAAAUGGGUCUUUCACCACUUUAUCUUUAUUGCUUGUCAUAACAAGAAUAGUGUUACAUAGCAAACUCCUGCCCCUCUUCUCCAGACCUCUGGCACCCGCCGUACUAAAACGAGUCUCAUGAGGAGAGCAGUGUUCAGAAUAAACCAGUCACCUGUGAACACUGCUACAGACUUGAUUGAUUCCAGUGAUUUGAUUGUCUUUAUGAUGUGGCUCUUGAUUUUCUUAGUGUGGUUUGUUAUAUGGGCCGGUGGCACAUACUGGUACCUGUUUGGGAAACCGAGCCCUUUCUCCCUUGAGUCAGUGAGACCCCCUGGACCUCGGGAGUUUGAUCAGAAGAAGCGAGACAAAGUCAUCAAGCAAGGUUUCAGCCUUGACAAAGUGCCCCAGAACCUGGACGUCAUUGUCAUCGGGAGUGGUAUUGGUGGGCUGACAGCUGGAGCAACACUGGCCAAAGCUGGGAAGAGGGUCCUGGUGCUGGAACAACAUGACCAGGCAGGAGGCUGCUGCCACACCUACUUAGAGAAAGGCUUUGAGUUUGAUGUUGGGCUUCACUACAUUGGUCAGGUCCAUGAGAACAGUCUGUUGCGUAUAGCCUUCGACCAGAUCUCUGAGGGCCAGUUGGAGUUCCAGGAGCUAAAUCAACACUUUGACACCAUCCAGAUUGGCCUGGGCGAUGAGAAACGAGAGUACACCAUCUUCUCCGGUAAAACUGAGAUGCAAGCCCAUCUGAUGAAGCAAUUCCCUGACGACACGGAGGCCAUCGAGACAUUCUUCAAAAUCAUGAAGAUCUCAGCUAAGAAGACCCACUACCUGGCAACUCUAAAGCUGAUCCCGCAGUGGGUGUCUUUAUUCCUGCUGAAGUCAGGCAUUGCAAACCUCUUUUCCCCAGUCUUCCACCUCUCUGGCACACGUGCAACAGACUUGGUGAACACCCUGACCAGCAACAAGGAUCUCCAUGUCAUCUUUUCUUAUCUUUUCUAUGGCGUGCCUCCAAAGGACUCCAGCGUUCUGAUCAAUGCCCUCCUGAUUCAUCACUACAAACGAGGAGCCUACUACCCUAAAGGUGGUGCCAGUGAGAUCGCCUUCCACAUCAUCCGCACCAUUCAGAAAUAUGGAGGAAACUGCCUGGUCAGAGCUCCCGUCACCCGGAUCCUGGUUAAUGGGAAGGGAGCAGCUUAUGGUGUGAAAGUGAGGAAAGGUCAGGAGGAAGUGGAGGUUCAUGCGCCUGUGGUUGUUUCAAAUUGUGGCAUCUUCACCACCUUCCAGAGACUUCUUCCCCCUGAGAUUCAAGUCAGGACAGAUAUUCAGGAAAGACUGAGCAUGAUGACACAUGGCAGAGGAUCAUUCUUGGUCUUCUCUGGCUUUGAUGGCACUGAAGAGGAGUUGGGUCUCGAGUCCACCAACUUCUGGCUUUUCAAAAACAAUGACAUGGACAAGUCGAUGGCUGACUUCUUUGCAUUGAGCAAAGAGGAAGCACCAGAUAAUAUUCCCAUGAUGUUCAUCACAAUGCCAUCUUCCAAAGACCCAGAAGCCAAAAUAAGACACCCUGGAAAAUCUUGCAUGACAAUACUGACGAUGGUGAAGUAUGAAUGGUUUGAGGAAUGGAAGGACACUACAGUGCGCAAAAGGGGUGAUGAAUACUACAACUACAAAAUGAGAUUUGCAAAGAACCUCUUUGACUGGGCCUGUACUUUGUUCCCUAAAAUCAAAGACAAGUUGGUUUUCCAGGAUGUGGCGACCCCACUGACCAACAUGCACUACCUGGGUUCCCAGCGUGGAGCCAUGUACGCCGCUGAGCACAACCUAGAGCGUUUCCAUGCCGAGGUUGUGGCAAGGAACAGGUGCAACACCCCCGUCAAAAACCUCUACAUCUCAGGCCAAGACGUGUUCAGCUGUGGGAUAGCAGGCGCUCUGCAUGGUGGACUACUCUGCGCCUCUGCGGUGUUAGAUCACAUCGUCUACAUUGACUUACUCCUCCUCAAGAAGAAGCUGAAGAGGAGGAAAGCCAGAGAGUUGGCCCAGCUGGCUAAAAAGAAACUGCAGUGAGAGUGCUCUCUACUUCCCCUGCAGGACAAUAGUGAAACUGCACAAACCUAAGGACCCUUGAUUGUUGUGGGAAGCUUAAAGGAACACACCAGCAAAGAGUUCCACAUCUAUUUUUAUAUAUUAUAAAGUCUACACAUACUAAUGCCAAUAGUGCACAAUUCUGACAGUUACAAGGAACGGAUUUUAUGUCCUGUUUGUACUCAAAGGAAAUAAUACAGCUGCGAUGAACACUAUGGCCAGUUUCAAAGUUGAAAACAUGACAAAUAGCCAGAAAAUGUAUUCAUUUUUUGUUUUCUGAGCUGAAGCUGUCAUGCCAUCCUCUGUCAAGUCUAUAAAUUAACUUUAGUGUGAGAACAUAGACUGUAAAAUAAUCCAGAAUAAUCAUAUGUUCCUGGUGGGUCAUUCAGUCUGGUAAUCUAUGCCAACAUACCAGACUGACUAAUCUUACUAGCAACUAGCAUAAUAAAGUACAUUUUUGUAUCAUCUUUCCUCAUGUUUCGCUAGUUACCAACCAUUUACCAAGUUCUCACUUUGUUUGCUUUUGAGGUUGUUGGUUGUGCUAGUCGUGCACUAUGAUUUAACAUGGAAAUACAAUAUGCUAAAGAGUUAGCAUAGCAUGGAGCCAAUAAUCUAACAGGAAUUUAGAGAUGAUUUUGGGUGCGAUUCAUAAUAAUUCAUUCAAGCUGGGAGGCUACAAAAUGAGACUACAACUGGAUUUCCACAAAAUUUAAGAGGACGGAGCAUCUCAUUUACAGUAUUUCAAUAGUUGUGUAUAUAUGCCAGGGGCUGGGGAUGGUUUUGGUGGGGUUGCUGGUGCUGGGUCACUUUGCUUCUUUUCAGUAUUUCCAAAGUUUGCCUGUUUGCCUGACAAGGUAACCACAGGUGACCAAAAAGUGUUUAAAUGCUCAUAACGCACAAUAUCUUGACUUGACCACUGUAACUCGGCAUCAUUUUAUGGGAAAUUAUAUGUUUAAAAUGUAACUUGUAAAAUUGUAAUAUUCUAGUAAGCUUGCAGUGCUUAUUGUGAUUGUGAGCACAUAAAGAUCAUGAGGAAUAAGAUUUGUCUUUAUUUUAUUGUCUUAUUUACUGGUCUUUGUAAAAUGCUAUUGCUCCAUUUUCUUUUUUACAUUGUAUUCAGGUAUAAAGUAAUCUUAAAAUCGGCUAUAUCUAUCUGAUUUUACAAUAUUAUGUAAAGUUUCAUCUCAUGUUAUCUUGCCUGAAUGUUAAAUUAAGAAAUAUCAACAAAUGCUUAAUCAGUUCCUUUUUCUUUAUAUCUUUUUUCUCGCACAUCUUGGUUUGUCUUUGCAUAACGCAAAAUGCAUAUUUGUAUUUUUUGCUGCACAUGUUCAAUAAACUUGAUAAGCCAAAUAAAAAAGUCACACUUUGUCUUCCUAAAUGCUCAAAACAUUAAAUUUCAAUGUGCUAAAACUGAUAUAGAUCUAUAUGAACACUGGAAAAGUUACAGAAAAGAUAACGUAAUUAGCUUUCAAGAUCCUGAAUGGUCCCUCUCUGAACAAUACUAUAAUCUGCCAGUGAAGUCAUUGUUAAAUACUACCAAACUGUUUUACCCAAAUUAUUCUAUAGGUGAUAAGAGCAGUUUAAGAGAUUUUAAUUAAAUAGGAAAUCAUUACGAAACCGUCAUCAGCUAGAAGCCUAAAUUUGUAGACAUGAUCAUAUGAUUUAAUCAAAUAUUACCUAUAACAUCAUGAAUCUAUCAAGAAUGAUUAUUAGCAUCAGGUAUAAUGGGUGAUAAUUUUGUGCUCAUUAUUUAUAUAUCACUUACUGGUGAACUGAGAUUGUAAGUCCCCUCUGGGUUUCUUGGUUCCCACCUAUGUUGUUCUGACCUGACUUAUAACCCCAAUGUUGUUUGGGUAACUGCUGAAAUCAAACAUAUGGGGGGAAACCUCAGACUUCCUGCACUAAGUGAACAUUUCCUCAGUAAACGGUGGGCAGAUUGGCUGACAAACUGUGGUCUGUAGGAGACGACCAAGGGGAUCCGAAUAGAAGAAUGCCCCUUCUGUCCAGGCAGCCGGUGGGAUGCCAGUACCUCUCUUGCUCUGUUAACCUCCAUCCCUCUGCUGUACAAACCCAGGGAAGGCUGUCCCUACUGCUAGAGCUCUAAUGUGCAAGUUGCUACUGUUACCAUUUUCCUUUCAAUACUAGUGAAUAAAAAAAGGCCAAAACGAAGGCAAGUUUAAAGAAAGAAGAGCAAAAGGGAUAGGAGAGGAGUUAAUUAUAUUGACUUUGCCUGGCUGAAAGUUCAGUAGACCAUAACAUAUAAUUACCAUGGCACGAUAAAGUGCAGUACUUAACCAGAAAUAAACGUGACAGUAACUCUUACUUUCCUGCUCUGACUGACUCACAGAGCUAUAAACAAACCCACCUAAAUUCAGUUUACCCACCUUUUGAAGUCUGGAAUAAUGUUAACCCACCCUUUUUUAGCCAUGCUAGUGGUGGGGCCCUAGUGGUGGGGCUCUAGGGAUGGCAAUGUCAGCCU